AUGGCCACUGCACAACUGAAGAGAACUUCCAUGAGUGCAUUGAUAUUUCCCAGUAAAAUAUCAACUGAGCAGCAGUCUUUGGUGUUAGUGAAGAGGCUCCUAGCAGUUUCAGUAUCCUGCAUCACGUAUUUGAGAGGAAUUUUUCCAGAAUGUGCUUAUGGAACAAGAUAUGUAGAUGAUCUUUGUGUCAAAAUUCUGAGAGACGAUAAAAAUUGUCCAGGAUCUACACAGUUAGUGAAGUGGAUGCUAGGAUGCUAUGAUGCUUUACAGAAAAAAUAUCUAAGGAUGGUUGUGCUAGCUGUAUACACCAAUCCAGAAGACCCUCGGACAAUUUCAGAAUGUUACCAAUUUAAAUUCAAGUAUACCAAUAAUGGACCAGUCAUGGACUUCUUAAGUAAAAACCAAAGCAGUGAAUCUAGUGUGUCAUCUGCUGACACCAAGAAAGCAAGUAUUCUCCUCAUUCGCAAGAUUUAUGUUCUAAUGCAAAAUCUAGGACCUUUACCUAAUGAUGUUUGUUUGACCAUGAAACUUUUUUACUACGAUGAAGUCACACCUGCAGAUUACCAGCCUCCUGGUUUUAAGGAUGGGGACUGUGAAGGAGUGAUAUUUGAUGGGGAACCUAUGUACUUAAAUGUGGGAGAAGUCCCAACUCCUUUUCACACCUUCAAAGUAAAAGUGACUACUGAGAAAGAACGAAUGGAAAAUAUUGAUUCAUCUGUAUUAUCACCAAAACAAUUAAAAACACCACUUCAGAAAAUUCUCGUGGACAAAGAUGAGGUAGAAUAUGAAACGAAGCAGUAUAUAAAUGAUGAUUCUGACAAUGAAACUAGAAUGGAAGAACAGAAAAAAAAUUCUGGAUCUUCUGAACUUGAAGAACUAAGUUUAGUUUGUGAGGAAGAUGAAAUUAUGAAGUGUAAAGAAAGUCCAGAUCUUUCAAUUUCUCAUUCUCAGGUUGAGCACUUAGUCAAUAAAACAUUUGAACUUGGUGUGUCUGAUGUCAGUAAAACUUCUGAACUUGAGGUGUCUGAAAGCAAAACAAGAAGUGGAAAAAUCUUUCAGAAUAAAAUGGCUAAUGGAAAUCAACCAGUAAAAUCUUCUAAAGACAAGUGGAAGAGAAGUGAACUCAAAUCUGGGAAAACAGGCCGUCAUCGCUUUGAUUCUCCUAGUCAAGAGUCAGUGCCAAAAAGAAGAAAGUUUAGUGAACCAAAGGAACAUACAUAAAAAUUGUUUUUCUUCUU